UUUGUUUUCACUAUUUUUCACUUUGUGGUGUGUAAUUCUGGUCUGUCAAAAUAGAGUGAAUUAAUGAGUUCAAAAUUUUUAUUCGAGCUUCAAAGUCAUGGAAAUUACAGCAGAGCACCGUGUGGAUUAUAACCACUCCUGUGAAUUUUUUCCCGAAUCUAUUCUUUCAAAUGUUUGUUUACUUGAUUCCUGAAGGCAUUCUGUUGACAUCCGAAAUUUUCUUCAGCGUUCCCUAGAUUGAGUAUCUCCUUCCAUCACAUAUUCAUGUUUGAAAAUGAAGAGAGCCGGUCCUUAUAUUUUGGGUCCAAUGCAUGGAACAUCCCCAGUCAAAAGCAUAGUUCAGUGCUUGGCUCGGAAAGAGGGAACAGAUGAAUUCUACACUCUUAAGAUUUUAUUGCUUCCGCCAAAAGAAGAGGAGACUCAAGAUGACAGACAAGGGAAAAUGUUACUACACACAGAAUAUUCUCUUUUGAGCCUCUUGCAUGAUCUACCUCAUGUUAGUCAUCAUCAUGGGUUUUUCAAGGAUCUUGCCGUAGAGGAACAUGUAAGCAGUGAUGGAUUGACAGAGACAAUUGGAAAUCAGUGUCAACGUUUAUGUCUUGUGUUGGAUUGCCUCACCCCACAUGAGUUCUGCCCUCAAAGUAUGGAUCUGAUAAAUUUGCAGCGUUACAUUAUCCGAGAAAAGAAACUCUCUGAACAUGAUGCCCUAAUCAUAUUCUACCACACAGUCUGUGUCGUUGAAAAACUUCAUAAGAGGAAUAUUGUUCAUCGAGACUUAAAAUUGGGGAACCUAGUUUUACAUCAAGAAUCCCUCAAAGUUACUAUCACUAACUUCUGCUUGGGGAAACUUCUGAGUAGUGAAACUGAUUUGCUCUGUGAUCAAAGAGGUUCUCCAGCCUACAUUUCUCCAGAUGUUCUUUGUGGGAAACCUUAUUUAGGCAAGCCUUCAGACAUGUGGGCAUUGGGCGUUGUUCUGUUUACUAUGCUGUAUGGCCAAUUUCCAUUUUACGAUUCUAGUCCAACACAGUUGUUCAACAAAAUCAAAGCAGCUGAUUUUAUGAUCCCCAAUGAUGGGCGAGUUAGUGAACUAACUAAACAUUUAAUACGAAGAUUACUCGUGCUGGAACCACGUUUUAGAUUAACUGCUAGUGAAGUUAAGGAUAUUCUUAUGUUCAUCAUCACAACCAAUUCCAGGAGUUAUUAUGAGCCAUUACAGGUUGUCCCAGAUAUUGACGAUUCAGAAGAAGAUGAAACAUCAGGAAGUCCUCCUCAAAAAAGGAUAAAAUUAGAUACAUGAGAAAAUCAAGGUGGAUUUGCCAAUUAUGAAAAUUGAGCCAUUCAUCAUUAAAAAUUCAUCUCUUGGCAGCUUGAUGGGUCACUAUUUUUUGGUGAAUCAGGACAUUGCUGUGAUCAAAGACAUUCCUCAACCUGUAUUAGGGUGUCUGUCAUGCUUAGAACUUCAUCAUUUUUACAUAUCUGUCCAUGGAAGAUAAUGCAUUGAGGUAAAAGGCAGGAUGUCUUUACAAAUGAUCUCCUGAUAAUAUUUAAUUAAAGUAAAUUUUGUCAUAAUCCUUAUCAUCCUUGCAGAGUUGCUUUGUAAAACUUCAGUUCUAAUUUGCAGACCGUUAACAAGUCUAAAAACGGAAUUGCUGCUCUCGAAUUUCAAUCCAGCUUGCAUUUAUUACAAGUAAUUGCAGUUUCAAAAAACAAACAUUUCAAAAUUUUGAAUUUGCACCACAGUACAAUACAAAGCAGUCGUCUUGCUUUACAAAUAAGAAUUAUCGUGAAAAAAGGAGUUACUUAAUUUUUUUUUAAAAAAAAUUGAGUUAUCAGCUGUUUCAAGCAUAAAUUGUGUCAGAGUGUGAUUUGUGAUUAAAUUACACAUUGAAGUCCAUUUUUUUACCUUAAUACUGUGUGUCAUACACUUUAAUUUUAAUAAUUUUCUUAUCAGGAUCACCAAAAUGUCUCUUAAUCGUUUUUUCUGUGAUAAUUUUCAAAUGAAGAAGUAAGAAAAGUAGGGUAAGGGUAAGUCAGUCAAAUUAUUUUAUUUUUUGACUACAAUAAUAUUUACAUAAAUUUGUACACUUCAUAUUGGUAACUCUGUUUCCUUUUUCAAAUCAAGUAGAUUAAUUAAUUGACAUUUCAUUCAUUAGGACAAUACAUUAUAUAGUAAUACUCAACUUACACCUAUUAAAUAUUGAAUUUAAUUGCAAAGUGAUUUGCUUCACAAGUCAAAUUGGUGUAAGAAGAAAAAAGAGGCAUAAAUUAGAUCAAUAAAUGAAUGAGAUCAUAUUGAAACAGGUGCGUGUCAAAUAGUUUAUGAGCAGUGGUAAGAAAAACACGCACUGCGUAAUAUGUAUAAUGUUUCUGUUCAAUGAAAGCAUCAAUUGCCCAUGAGGAUCAUUUUCGUAUUUAUUGUGAUUGGAAAUAGAGAAUUUAUUCUACCUUUUUCAUAUUUGUAAGUAGUGUUUGAAGAUGUAAGUACUUCGAAGGCAUGUUUUUUAAUGGAGACAAAGACAAAAAUAAAAAAGGAAAAAAAAAAAAACAAAACAUAAAACAGAAAGACAUAAAAAAGGACAUCCAAAUAUGUAUUCUACAUAUUUCUUUUGUUUUUGUCAAACAGGUAGAUUAGCCUCUUACAGAUCUGUGUAAGUUUCAGGUGCUCAGUCUUAUCUUACUUUUUGAUUAUUCAGUCAGAAAUGCUUCGAGCUUCCUCUUGUUUCAUUCUCUUCUUUGAUUGUUAAUUAUUUACUAGUUCCAAGUAUUUUUCAAUACAUUUUAAUUCAAACAUCAAAA